UUCUCCACUGUAAUUUCAAUUUUUCGCGCAUCAAAUAUAAAAUGAAAUUGUGUUCAUCGCAACAGUUUGGUGUAGCUGUCUUGUUUAUUGUUUUGAAUAUAUGCUCGCCAUUAGCAGAUGCAUCGCCAAUUGCCUGGGACUUUGCCGUUACGCUGCGCGACAAGAUUCUGUUUCUGGACAACAGAUGGCGCACAAUUGGCUCAGCAGCACACGAAUUCGAGGAGCUGUCCGCAUUGGCCUUCGAUGAGGCCGAGGAGCUGAUCUAUUUCAACGAUCAGCAGCAUCAGAACGGCAGCAUUUUCUCGCUGCGACGCGAUGCAACGGUUGCCUCCCACAUCGUGGAGCAGGCGGUGCAACGGACGGGCAAUGAUUCGGUAUCCGGACUGGCCUACGAUCCGCUCAAUCGCAAUCUCUUCUGGGCGGACAUGCGCCAAAGCAAGAUCUACUUUGCCAGCAUCGAUACGCUGUACACGGAACCCCCUAAGGUGCUGGUCGACUUGAGCGCCGAGGGCGGCCGGCCCGACGGCGUGGCUGUGGAUAUCUGCCGCCGUCAGCUGUACUGGACGAACUGCAAGAUCAAUCAUGCGACCGUGGAGCGCAUCGGCUUGAACGGCACGGGCAGGCAGACAGUCGUCAAGCAGGAUAUCGAUAUGCCGCGCGGCAUUGUGAUCGAUCAGCUGUCGGAUCGCAUAUUCUGGAUUGACGACAAGGUGGGCAUCUUCUAUGCCUUGGAGAGCGCACGCCUCGACGGCAGCGAUCGCCAGUUGGUGCUCAAGGACAAGCAUCAGAGCCCCAUACAGCUGGCCAUCACGGAGGACACCAUCUACUGGACAGACAAGGCGGACAAAGCCGUUUGGAGCUAUCCCAAGCCGGCGUACAACAUGUCAGCGACGAAUUCCAGCGAAGUGCAGCCGCAACCCACAAAGCUGGCCAGCUGGAAGGAGGAUGUGUACGGCAUAGUGGCGCGCACGGGUUUCUAUCAACACCUGCAGAAGGAUGCGCACUGCGCCAGCGUGGUGAGGAAGGUCAAACAGCGCCUGGACAACAGGCUCAACAAUAAAACACACGAACGCAGCGCCGCGGAGGAGCGCAUGGAUGAACUGGAGCGUGAGCAUUGCCUGAACGGAGCCAGCUACAUGAGCAGGGGUAACUUCUGCAUAUGCCCGGUGGGCUACAAGGGGUCACGCUGCGAGAUAUACGAAUGCCAUAAUUUCUGUGUGCACGGCACCUGCGAAAUCUCCGACAUGGGCUAUCCCAAAUGCUACUGCCAGGAGGACUUCUAUGGCGAACGCUGUGAGUACUAUAAAUGCAACGGGCACUGCCUCAACGAUGGCCACUGCCUCGUGGACAAGGAGAGCGGCGAGCUGAGCUGCGAUUGCCGUGAGAAUUUCACGGGCACACGCUGCGAGCACAACGAGACGGCGCAUUGCGCCAGCUACUGUCAACACUUGAAGCAGCAUCCGGAUGCAUUUGUGCCCGCCAGCUGUGUGGACAUCUGCGAGGAAUUGCGGCUAACCAACGGCACAAUUGUGACGGAAUACCAGGCGGCGCCUCUGUGCGGCGACGGGCCCAGCCUCCGCUCGGGCUCUGUGAUCAUUGUGCUCGUGGUGGGCAUUGUGUCCAGCCUGGCGCUUGUGGCGGUCAUUGUGCACGGCCUGCGUCUCAUCUACAAGCCCAAACGGCCGCGCAUCAAGAAGACCUUCGUGGUGCGCAAACAGGCCCGCUUGAACUCCUCCAGCGACACGCCGCUCACCAAUCGCCCGCUGGCCACCGAGCAGUGCGAGAUCACGAUAGAGAACUGCUGCAACAUGAACAUUUGCGAAACGCCCUGUUUCGAUCCCAAGCUGGUGGAGCAACAAUUUGCGGCGCGCGACAGAAAAGCGCCCUGCGUCAAGGAGGACAAGAAGAUACUGAUACACAAUAUGGAAGAUGAUCUAUUAACCUAGGCGCCUGUCCAAUUGAAUUAACGUUCACGUCGUGCACGGAUAAGGAUCAGGGCGGCAUUCGAGCUUGAAAAGCUGGUGCCGCCCCCCACAGCCGGCUCGUCGUCUCCGUCGUCGUCGUCGUCGUCGCCAGGUGCUCUACCAAAGCUCGCACAUAUACAAAGACCUAGCAGAAUUCAUACUUAAUUGAAGCAAACGUGUACUUAGCAAUUUUUUACGUUUAGUUUUGGUCUCAUUUAUUUAUUAUUUUUGAGGAAUUUCACCAUGUAACGUUCAUGUAGUUUUUAAGUUUUAGCUUGAGAUCGGUUGAAGGAAAUCAUUUUGUGGCAAAAACUAUGUUUUGAGAAAUUGAAAAGGUUUUAAUUGAAAUGCAGAAAAGUCUUCUGACUGACAUUAGCUUUAAAUCACACAUACAUAUAUAUAUAUACAUAUAUAGUAUAUAGUUAAAUGCGGCUGAGUUCAUAAAUAAUUGCCACUUGCACAAUGAGGCAAAAAUGUGAUUCACAACGGUUAAACUGUUGUAAAUAAUAAUAAUAAAAGAAGAAAGUAACAAAAAUGAAUUGUAAGAACUUUUGAAACGUGGCAGCAAACGUAUCUGUUUAAACAGUUCCUUAACAUAAUCCCAUUAACAUAAAAUCAAACACACACACACACACACAUAUAUAUAUAACAUAGUCUCUGCUGAUCGGUCAAAUGUCAUGACAAAUCUAACUGCCAUGCCUAUAACAUCAAAUCUGUUCACACCAAAAUUGCCUUUGUGUACUUACAUAAUUACAUACUUACAUACAAUAGAUCGUAGCCUCUGCGAAUGCGAGUUGUAAAUAUGCGUAAAUUAGAUUUUAAUUGUAACUAAUAAGACACUGGUUGAACAAUAAACAAGAGUAUGUUUGUUUUAAUAA